AUGGGUAAUUACAGGUUCAAAUUAUCAGAUAUGAUACCCAAUUCUUGGUUUUACAAACUCAAGGACAUCGGAAGAGCAAGAAAGCAAAACCCAACUCAGUCCAGGAAGAAAAAGCAACCUUCACAGACCUCAACCACACAAUCAUCAAAACCAAAACAACCCCACCAAUGCAAUCCCAGAAAAUCUUACUACUUUACAAGGGAACUUAACCCAAAUGAUAGAAUCUACACUUCGCCAGCAAAUAACCAAAAUGACAUAAAAAACUCCAAUUUCCCUGAACCACCCAGAAAAUCAUCCAAACAAAGAAUCAAGAGAAGAACGACUGCAAGGACUUCUUCACCAAAGCUUGUUGUCACUGAGAACUCCUCAUCAUCACCAAUUGAUAAUAGCUCUGCUGAGUCAGAGUACCCUGACCCAGAAUUCAGAACAGACCGUGUUCUUCCUACUGAAUCAUUUGAUGAAAAUGACAUCAUCAUUGAUGUAGACAACAAUUCCAUAGCCAGAAACGACGAUAAGCUAGAAGGGUAUGAAUGUGAUCCCUUUUCAAACCUUGUGCUUCCACCAAUUGUAACCAAGCCAGCAAAAUUCAAUGACUUGCUUAGUGAUGCAAAGAAGAGAGAAACCAAACCCAGAAGCAGAAUUGCUUCACAUGAAGAACCAAACCUGCAAGGUACUCUGAAGGUUAAAAUUGUGAAAGAAGACACUGCCCCAAUGAAGGAACAGAGGAACUCCCCUGCUAGGAGACUUUCUGUGAGUUCUCCCGGCGUCAGGCUUCGGCUGAAUUCGCCAAAACUUGCCGGCCGGAGAACUCACACACACGGCCGGAGAAGCGUGUCGUCGGCCGCCAGCUCCGGCUCCCGGAGAAGCCUCUCAGAUAGCUUUGCAAUUGUGAAGUCAUCACUCAAUCCUCAGAGAGAUUUCAGGGAAUCAAUGGUGGAGAUGAUUGUUCAGAACAACAUAAGAACAUCAAAGGAUUUGGAAGACCUUCUUGCUUGCUACCUUUCUCUUAAUUCAGAUGAGUAUCAUGACCUCAUUAUCAAAGUGUUCAAGCAAAUAUGGUUUGAUUUAACUGAUAACUAG